CGAGAGGUCCCCCACGACGCCUCCGAUCCCGUGGAGCUGGGCGCAGCUGGACCCGGACGCGCCGCGCGGCGCCGAGGCCGACCCGGGCCUCCCCGGCGGCCCGGGCCCGCUGCACGCCGUGCCGAGCAUGACCCUCUCGCUGAUGAGCCCGCGGAUGGCGUCCGCCGAGGCCAGCCUGCCGCGGGUGACCCCGCGGCCGCUGCAGCCAAGGGCGCGCCCAGCUCCCCCGCCCAACGAGGAACUGCAGGGCGACGGAGACUUCUUCAGCAGGCAGCCGCUCACCGGCGCCGUGUGCCGCAUGGUGCGGUACCGGGAGCACGAGCGGCCCGCCGAGGACAUCUUGUCGCUGUGCUACACGAACGCCGGCCGCGUCAUCGUCACGAAGAUCCGCACGGGUGGCCAGGCCGCCAGGGCCUCGGUGGCCGUGGGCGACGAGCUCGUGUCCAUCGACGGCGACAGGCACUUCCACGGCAGGCCGUCCGGGGCCAUCCGGGCCGCGCUGCAGGGCCCGACCAGCCUCGUCUUCGCCGGCUUCGUCGGGAAGCUCGAGGCCGAGGUCCGAGUGGAGCACACGCCCCACAAAGUGAGUUGCGGCCUCAGCCCCUCCACGGACGUCGCGAACGACCUCACGCGCGUCGGCACUCCGCUCUCGCCACGCGUCUGCGACCCGGUGUUCUUCUCCGCGAAGGAGUCGCUGUUCAUCACCACGCCUCGGCGCGACAAGGUGAAGACGCCCCGCGGGGGUGAGCCCCUGGAGGCGGCGACCACGGCGGGCUGGGCGACCAGCGCCGCGGACGAGCCACGGAUAUACGAGCUCAACAAGGAGGAUGCGAAGCAUAUGCUCCAGCGAGUCCUCCGGAAGACCAACGCCCCUAAGCCCUGAGUUGCAGUGCCGAAGGUAGGCUGCGCCUGGGCAGGUAGGUCGCUGGCUCGUAGCGACUGACGCCCCCCCGUUGCGGUGGGGGAGCGUUUCGUCAGUGCAGUCCAGGUGCUCUUUGGCGGGAGGGGGCA